AUGGCGAAGAGGGAGGAGGAAAGGAAGAGGGAGAUGGAGAAGGAAAGGGAGAGGAGGAAGCGGUUGAAGAAGGAGAAGCUGGCGAAGGCUACUAUGGAGUAUGAGGAGCCGGAGUGGACCAAAGUGGUUGAGAGGAAGAGAAAAUAUGGUGAUCCUGGGGACGAGAAGGAGAAGGAGAGAGAGGAAUGGGAGUGUGUGGUUUGUAGAAAGGGAUUUAGGAGUGAAAAGCAGUGUCGGAAUCACGAGCAGUCGAAGAAGCACCUCCUCAUGGUUAUGGAGUUGAUGAAGUUGAAACAUUAUGAUAUGGUUGCGGAGUUGAUUGAGGUAGAGAGAAAUUAUGAAGAUCUUAAUGAAGAAGAGGAUUUAAUGGAAGAAAAAAGGAAUGAGGUGGUGGAUGAUGGGGUUGGAGGGAGUGAUAGUAACGAAAAUGAAUUUUCUGAUUGUGAUAACGAAAAUCAGAAGGAAAGAGUCAGUGAAGUAGUUGAAGUCGAUGAGUUGGAGGUGGAAGAGGAGGAGGAUGAGAUGAAUGUUCUUGAAGCAAUGGUGGCGAUCGAGGCGAAAGGCUAUGGAAAAGGUUUGUGA